CUUGCAGCUUGAAACCUACUAUUUUGUUGGAUAGAUGCUAAUUUCGGUCAGAGUAUGAUCAGAAUUCGAUUUCUGCAAGAAGACCCUCUGGAUCAAACCUAUCACCUCCAUUUUGCUUCUUGCCCAUGCCUUCAAAACUCUUUCCGCCACAAGCGAUAGUUUUGCUCAUCUUUCGGCCUCUCUUACUGAAUGUAACGUUGCAGCCCCAGAAAAGUUUGAAAUAGCCACCGAAUUUAACCGUUUUCUUGCAACUCUCGUCCGAACACUCUUCAUCGUCGAAAUCGAUAUCAUGCACCUCGUCCAAGCUGACGAGUUCCAUCAUGAUGUCAUCGUUAGGCAAGAGGCUUUUCUGUACCGGCGCCAUGCCCUUAUGCAUGUCUUCCAGUUCGCUGGCGAUGUCCUCGGCAAGUUCUUGUGCACCGAAACCGACUCCCGUUGUCUUCUUGAAACCUCCCUCGCACUCCUUACUGGGCCCCUUCUUGCGUUUACUGGCUCCUGCCUUGCAUCGAAAGCCUUUCGCGAUAGUCAUCGUUCCCUUCAUCGGGCGGCCUUCGGUAUCGUCUCCGAUAUUGAUGUUUUCUCCGGAUUCCGCUUCUUCGCGUGGUUCGGUAGAGCCAGUCUCUUCGACGCGAAGCGCCGAGGGAGUGCGAAGAAUCUCUACUCCAUUGACGACGAAAAGUGAUGCUACGAUGGCAACGAUGGAAAGAAAACGAUGAUAAUGAUUCAUUGUAAGUGAUUGUGUGCUGUUCAGAAUGCCAAACGGAUCAAAUGUUUCCUUUGAUCAUCCAGAGGAAAUGCAAAACAGAAUUUAUCAGGAUGUGUUUCGAAUAAGUUACCUACGACUUCAUGAAGCGCGAAGUUGACACGACUUCUCGUUUCAUAAUUACUGUACAGUAAGCGAUGAUUGUUCGCAUCGUACGCAAAAGAACGUCAUCGCGACGAAGUGAUGAGGUUCUGGUGUUUUCGAUGCACCACACGGUACGCGUAUCGUACCGUACCGCAUCAUACCGUAGGCCUUUCUCUUGAAUCUUUCAGCCUUCUUCACUUCUGUGAAUGUUACGGUCCAGUAAUCCUUUUUCCGAUCUUAAUGCCGCAAUACCGGUACAAAUUUUCGGAACUUGAUUGCAAACUCGUGUGCGCCACGGGUCUGAUGAGAGAUCUUUUCUCUCUGAUGUCUGAUGCCAUCCACGACUAAAAAACUUCGCAAUUUUCUUAGCGCGAGUAGUACUCGUAGCGGUACGAGUACCGUACUGUACGUAAAAUCGAUUUCAGAUUUUUGUUUGAUUCACUUGCACCUGACUCGAAGGAUUCCAUAAUGUAAUCGAUGAUUGAUUGACAUCAGUGCCAAAACCACAGUAAAUAUGAAAUUGUCCAUACCGAUAGGAAUUAGAUCAUCGAGGUCGAGUGAGACUCUUCUGAAGAUAAUCAAAUCAAUUUGUAUGCAUUACCUCGUUGUGUAUAUAGAGCUCGUCGCUUCUGGAAGCAUCAUGCAAGUUGAAAAAUUGCAGUGUUUCAAAAUAAUGAUAAUGUAUAAAUGAUAUUGGUAAACAGAGAGUAUCGUAGUAUGAAGAUUUUAUCGCACUGCUAGAACAGAAAUUAUCAAGAUCAUAUUUAAAGUGAUGUAUUGCACGAAGUUGGUAGAUAUGUCUAGGUUUCGAUAUGACAAAAUCGAAUUCAGGUUCUCAAUUUUUGGUUGAAGAGAUAGAAUAAAUCGGUAAGUAUUUCCUUCAUUAUCGAGGUGAUUGGCUUCUAACUCAAGGCAGAAUAAUGCACAGUGCCAUUCUCAUUUUCGUCCGUAUCGAGUAUUUCACGCUCCUCCUCGGUAGUUCCUCCGACCUCAGUAUCUUUAGAGAGUUGACUUUUGAUGAAUUCAACAAUGACAAUCACCAGCAACAAAAUUGCAACAGUUUCAGAUGCACCCUUGGUCUGUUCAAUAGUUCUAUCCGAAAACGUUCCCGAAAUUAGAUCUUUCGGCUUGGACAACUCGGAUGCAAUUGCAACGGUCGCCCACACCAGCACAAUUGGUACCACCCAAACACGUUUCUUCCUGCUCCAAAUCGUACUAGUGAAAUAUGUCCCGACAAAGAAGACAAUCACCAAGGAAAGCCAACCGAUAAUGGCUUGGACUUUUGGUGACGCCUUGUACGCAACGGCAACGACGUUAGUGUUGACGAGAGUUGCUGCCAUGAUCCAAGAGGCGUGGAUCAAAAAAGGAAAUUUUAGCAGCCAGAAUUCCUCAAAUGUUGAGGAUGAUGCUCGUGACACCCGAAGCAAGAUUGAAACGAGAGGAACCAAUAUGCAGAUCAUUGCAACGAGGGAUAGAGCAAUCUUUUCAAACCCGAAGAAGAUCGUCCAUAAGCCUUGCGCCAAGCAGGCAAGCGCAAAGUUGUACCCUACACCCUUGGUCACAAUAUCCUUGCUGCGAUAGGAAGGAAGAAGCUGAACAAUUGUCCAAAUCAAUUCUGCCGUGAAGAUGAUGCCCCAAAUCGAGAAGGCGUACGCAGCUGGAGUUACCAAUGUUUGGUAUUUCGCUGAUAGAGUUCCGUUGUCCGGUAGACCAGCCCGACUAGAACCAUAAACAACCAAGAAAUUCGACAAGUACGCGAUCACAUUCACGUAGUUGAUCGGCUUUAGAUCUGGGGUGACGGCGGUUGAAGAUGCCAUUGUGAUUCCAAUACAAACCCUUUUUGUUGCUGUGGCACUGCGGAGCGUUAGAGAAUUACAACUCUUUGUUUUGUGGACUCACUCUGCCCACUGCAAUGGAUCAUGUUUCCCCAAAUUGUUUGACCGACUUCAGUGAUUUGAUGCAAUUCAUCCGCUGUGAAAGAUAGCAGUAGAAUAGAUACAGCGUACCGGU